GUCAGGUCGGUCUGUCUUAGCUACUUUUUGUCAUCGAGGUAAAAACAAUUCAUUUAAGGUAUUUUUGUUGUCAUGUCGAGUUCAAAUUAGAAGAAGACACUUCAAAUUGGUCCGCAUAGUCCCAUUUGUCCAGUGAAGGUGAAAUUCUUUAGAGCAGCUGUCCACAGUGGAAACACAAUCAAUUAAAAAUGAAGCCGGCCGGAAGCUGAUAAUUACAAUUAAUUGUUGUCGAUACCGGUUGGAUACGUGAGCCUUGAAGAAUAUUAAUCUUAUUUGCAUGACCUGUCAACUUUGUCAUGUUAUUGGCAGAAGGGAGCUUUUAAUUUUGUCACUGUUUACCUUUCUCAAAAGCGCACGGGCAUCAUCAUCACUUCUGAACGCGCACUUCCUAGCAAAGUCGACAUGAAGUAAUUGCUUCUAAGAACUUCACAUUGUUAAAACUAAAUUGGCGGAAAGUAUUGCCGUUAAAAGGGCGGUGGGUAAAUCAGUGCGGCGUGAACCGGGCAUGAAUACUGCGCGUACAUUCUUGUUUUUCAUCUUGGUCGUCUUGCUUGACAGAAUAUUCACUUGUUGUGCAGGUAAAGAUUAAUUUUCACCUUGGUUACUGAGACUCGCCUUCAGUGAGUUUAAAUAUUUUUUUGUAAUGUAGUUUCUUGACUAUUAAAGCCUAAGCGAAUACAAGGAAUGUGUCGCGGCUGUUGCAGGAUCUCUAUUGUCACGUUGAUGUAAAAGCUGUUGUUCUCCUGGGCAAUAUAAGUUGAAGGUUUUAUUAAUCGGGUUUCAGUAGUCCAUAGAAGUGACGUGUUUCGGCAAGUGUGGUGAUUGUAUGUUAUUUAUUUCACUAUGUUCAAUCACAAGUUAAUCCGACUUUAUGAGAUACAUUGCCCAUGUUUUCAUACAGACAAUCAAAGUUCGCCAGAUUUUAUAGCAACCGAAAUAUGAAAGCAUGAAGUGACGUUUAAUGAAAUCUCCGAGACGGCGUGAGUUCAUCGAUACAAAAUCAGCGAGGUUACUUCACUUAUAGAAGACGAUUGGAAGGCGUGGGGCUAAAUUUUUUAAAGAAAAAAUUGCGAGAGGACUGCUGAAUAUUUUGGAAAUUUUAAAUGAGGUUUUUCAUCAUUUUUAAUUACGUUCUUGACAAGUACUAUUGACAACGUCAUACAACUGAAUUAUCAUAAAUCCAGGCAGGAUUUAGAAUCUUUCCUUUCUCAUUGGUGUAGAGUAAAAAUCCUACAUCCCUCGUCGUUAAUGCAUUGUGAUUCGUUGUAUGAAAAAGUCUACUGAUCUGUUUGCGAUAAAGUUAAGGAGCAUAUCACCUAGCUAUCACUUGUGUCUCUGUUAUGCCUGUUGUGGCUUUUCACGGAAAAAUGAAAGCCACAUAAAACUCUCUAUAUAAUUUUACUCUCGUUUUGUCUCCCCAACUUGCAAAUUAUACAGAGUUUCGUCGAACGUGUCUAGUACAGGGAUCAAUAUAAGAAUUAUUUAGGUGAGAGGGAGAGAUGAAAAUUUCCGAUAUUUCGCACUAAGGAAUAACAUUUUAUUUCAAAAAGCGGUGAAAAUUACUUGGAUGGCUAAGGUAAGUCUUUCUCAUAAAUUUUGAAAUACGGCAACGCCUGUAGAAUUUAUUUGUAAGGAGUUACGUGACUUAGAAAAAUCAAAACCUAAGUUCGAUGGCGGGCAUCUGCAUGAAGCUAUUGCAUUUUGUACCCGCAUUCUUUGAAGUUGUCGAUGGUAACGCGUAAGCCAUGUAAUUGUUUGUUUUGGAGACAAAAGAGGAUCAGAAGAGCAAUUUAUAUUUUCUACUGUGAUUACAUUUGAUAAUGUGCACCCUCUUUCCUCUGCAGAGCUUAAUUCAUCUUCAUCCAUAGAGAACUCCAUCUCUCCACAAACCAGAUCAAGUGGUAGUCUUUUAGUUAAAUCUGCGCUCUACUCAAAUUGUAUUCCGUCUACGGUCCAACCAAGUAUUAAAAUCAGUUUUACUUCGUCAAUUAAAAGAAGCAUUCAACUGGAAACUGACACAAGAUACAUGAGAAGUUCGUUGGUCAUGAUGACUUCUGUCGCAAGUCCAACUAAAAAACUGGUCGUCCACACCACCAAACCUGUGCGACAGCCUCCACCAGCACCACAGCUGACUUCAUUUGGGAUAUUUUUAAUAACGUUUGGUGGUGUGUUAAUUGUAUGUAUGAUCAUCGCUUUAGUUUGGAUAUGCUGUGGGAGAGAACGCAGGUGAGAUACUUAAUCGCCCUCUACAGGUUAUUUUAGACCUUAUAAUCAUUUCAUUUCGAUAUGUUCCAUUAGAGACUUUCUGAUUUUCAGGUUUUGAUCGUCUCUAGUUUACAACAGACCUAUUUUAAUUUUCGUUUCGAGGUCAUGGAAAAUAUUACUUUUCCCAACUGAUCGAGUACCCUGUCUGGGCUGGUAUUUACCUCAGCCACAAGGAUUAUAUGUAAAUACAAUUGAUUUCAUACUUUAGUAAUAAAUAAAGUGUAACUGUGAGGCUCCCCAUGGAGCCUUGGUAUUAGAAGCCUUGGCACAAACCAACGGGAAAACGAUGCCACAAAUAAAUAAAAUGAUUGAUCAUCACAGCUGAAUUGAAAUUGAAGAAAAUGAUUCCCCAUGCAACCUUCAACCCUAGUCAAGUCGUCUAGUCUAGCCUAGUCUAUAAGUAUAGCCUAAGUGUCUGUGUAUCUCUCAAGCAUACUAAUACCUCUGUAUCAUGUUCUUUCUUUUUUUUUUUUUUCAGCCCUGAAGCGCCACAUCCUCAAGUGAAACUGAAACCCUGGAGGUACUGAGUUUAUAGCACUAAGUUCUAUCUAAUCCCGGCACCAGUGACUCAGCGACCGAAGAUGUUAUUAAUGAAGGCAUCACUAGUUGAAAGGCCAACCUGAGCAGUACUCGACUUUUCCCAAGAGUGAAAUUUCUUCCCAUGGGAAAUCUGUUCAGACUUUUGAAAAUAUCGCUUCUUUAAGCAAAAGAAAUAUGAGAGAUUUCGAGCUCGGCAUAGCAUUAAAGAAAAUUCGCCUCGUCACGAGCGCGGGACAAAGAAAGACAUCCCAGUGCCAAUGAAAAAUGGAAUCCGAGAUUAUUUGAAUCCGUUAUUGUUGUAUGAUACUAGUUUAUCCUCUGAUAAGUUGAACCAUGCUGAAAAAAAAAAAUACUGUUGAUGAAGAACUUAUUUCGUGUGCAGAUGGUGGGUUAGAGCGUUUUUCCAUGUUCAAUGUAUCGUGUGGAGGAAAUUAAGGACAUUUUUCCUAUUUUUGCAAAAACGAUUGUUUGUGUCUAGAAUUGUCUUCCGGACAAACGCGUUUUUAUCUAUGAAACUUAUUGCUGUAGAUAUUUUAAUGAGGAGAGCCUGUAGUGAGAGUGUUAUUUUUCUUUUGUCAGUCAUAGCCCACCGGAGCAAAGUGUCAAUGAUACUGCUACCGAAGUAAGUGAUCUUCCAAACAGCUAUCAGAACCAGGGAUUAAAUAGGUGA